GCGGACGAACGCUUCCCAGCCUGCAUUCGCGACGCCGUGUCGCAGGUGCUCAAGGGCUACGACUGGAGCCUAGUGCCCAUGCCUGUGCGCGGCGGAGGCGGAGGCGCGCUCAAGGCCAAGCCACACGUGAAGCGGCCCAUGAAUGCCUUCAUGGUGUGGGCGCAAGCGGCACGCCGUAAGCUGGCCGACCAGUACCCGCACCUGCACAACGCCGAGCUCAGCAAGACACUGGGCAAGUUGUGGCGCCUGCUGAGUGAGAGUGAGAAGCGCCCUUUCGUGGAGGAGGCCGAGCGGCUGCGGGUUCAGCACAAGAAGGACCACCCCGAUUACAAGUACCAGCCGCGCCGGAGGAAGAGCGUCAAGACAGGCCAGAGUGACUCGGACUCAGGCGCCGAACUGGGCCACCACCCCAGCGGUGCUGUGUACAAGACUGACUCGGGCCUUGGCGACGCACACCACCAUGGGGACCAUACAGGGCAGACCCACGGGCCACCCACCCCACCUACCACCCCCAAGACGGACCUGCACCAAGGGGGCAAGCAAGAGCUGAAGCUGGAAGGCCGCCGCCUGGUGGACAGUGGGCGCCAGAACAUCGACUUCAGUAACGUGGACAUCUCAGAGCUGAGCAGUGAGGUCAUUGGCAACAUGGACACCUUCGACGUCCACGAGUUUGACCAGUACCUGCCCCUCAACGGCCACUCGGCCCUGCCCACAGAGCCGGGCCAGCCUUCCACCUCUGGCUCUUAUGGGGGUGCCUCCUACUCACACUCCGGGUCCGCGGGCAUUGGAGCAUCCCCCGUGUGGGCCCACAAGGGAGCCCCAUCGGCCUCCGCAUCACCCACCGAAGCAGGUCCCCCUCGGCCCCACAUCAAGACGGAGCAGCUGAGCCCUGGCCACUACGGCGACCAGUCCCACGGCUCUCCAGGCCGUACCGACUACAGCUCCUACAGCGCCCAGGCCAAUGUCACCACGGCCGCCUCGGCAGCAGCUGCCAGCUCCUUCACCAGCUCACAGUGUGACUACACCGACCUGCAGGCCCCCAACUACUACAACCCAUACGCUGGCUACCCGUCCAGCCUCUACCAGUAUCCCUACUUCCACUCAUCCCGCCGGCCCUAUACCUCACCGCUGCUCAGCAGCCUCUCUGUGCCACCUGCCCACAGCCCCCCCAGUAACUGGGACCAGCCCGUGUAUACCACCCUGACCAGACCCUGAAGGCACCAUGGUUGAGUGGAGGGGGCCGGCGUGGGCAGAGGAGAACCUUUAUCUCUGAAAAGACAGAGCAUCUGAGGUCUCCCCGGAGGUGUUGGCCAGCGAGGUGAGAAGAGGCAGCCGUGUGUGCCCAACUCUAUCAAGUGCCUGCUGACGUGUGCAGGAGACCAACCGAGCCCCUUUGCUUUGCGUCCAGAUCUCCGAAAUCCGUUAAUGGACAAAGCCCUCUUGCCCUCUUCUCUCUUUGUGGUGACUGGCAACUUCGAAACGAAGGAUGGCCAUUUGGUCCCUCUUCUGCGCCGACACCAGCGCCUUAUGGAGCCACGGUACAAAGGACAAAAGGAGGGAAGAGGCACUGGGUCUCCAGGCCCCCUUCGUUCUGAGGUCCUGGCCAGUCUCAGCACCAAGAACUCCCAGGACCAAUGGAUGAGAAUUCCGCGGCGAAAGGGCACACCCGCAGCCUUGGUGGGGAUGCGUUCGCAGAAGCAGUUGGGCAGGGAUGCAUCCGCAAGAGCACCUUGGCGGGGAUGUGUCUGCAGGAGCGUCUCUGGGGACCAGCUUGUUAGUUCCGAGGUGUUCCUUGUAGUUAGGGCUCUUCCGAGGAAGGUUUGGCUGUGAUUAACACUUCUCUCUUUUUAUUUUAUUUUUUUUAAAUUUUUAAUUCUUGAAGCUCAAACGUGUUUGAUUUGUUUUGAAAGCUGUUAAGAUGUAUUUAUGUCCUGUAUUAUUUUAUCUUUAAUGAAUGAAGUAAUUUGUGCAGAUAGUAGAAUUUAAGAUAAAAUGGAAGCCUGGGAGCUGAGGACUUGGGCCAGGAGGGCAGGCGGGGUUGGGACCCUGGAUCGGGGCCCAGGCUUCCUGGAGGCUGCUGGGAACGGUGAGGGAGAAGGAAUUUGCCUUGUAGUGUCUCUGAUCAGGUUGGGGUGCUCCUGGCACCAGGUAUUGACUUGAGAUUUAGGAGGCAGGGACAUCAUUGAGUUUCAUCCCUGCCCACAACCGUGCUAAGCGGUAGAGACGGGAAUUUCCUGGGAUGUGGUGGCUUCAGACACACGUUAAUCUUGGCUCUUAGGAGCCAGGCGCCACCUCCAAGCUGUGAAACUAAAACCUUCUUCACUAAGCGUUUUUAGAUUCUUCAUUUUAGCUGAAUAAUACCUGACUUACCUGUACUGCUUCCGCUGUACGCUGAGCUAUGAUAACUGCCAAUUUUAUGGAAACUCGUGCCUUUAAACUUUGUAAAUUUAAAUACAUGGAAGAAGUUGCUUCUUUUUACUUUUUCUACUUUCCUACCUUUUUCUAGAGAAGUCUUUUUUGCAUAUCUCUUUCUGUGGGUGGGGGUGGGGAACUGCAGCACACUCGUUUUUAUGCAAUCUAUUUUUCAGUGUUGAGUUUGGACUUUUGCUCUCACUUACCUGCUGUGGUGUUUCACUACUUUUCUGACCAAGCCAUGCUAACUUUUGUACAGAUUGAUUUGAUAAAAUUAAAAAAAAAAAUGCUUUCUAUCUA